CCUCCUCCCCUCGUCUCUCCCCAAAUCCUCAGAUCCGCCUCCUCCUCCCCCUCGCGCCUCCACAACCCCAGCCCACCCCUCGGAUCCAGAUCCGCCGCCACCUCCUCGUCCACCACCGCGAAAACCAGCAGGAGGCGGCGGCAUGGGGCGAGACGGCGGCGGCGGUGGCGCCGGCGGCAUGUCGGAGUCGGUGCUCCGGAAGGUGCUCCUCUCCUACUGCUACGUCGCCGUGUGGAUCUUCCUUUCCUUCUCCGUCAUCGUCUACAACAAGUACAUCCUCGACCCCAAGAUGUACAACUGGCCCUUCCCCAUCUCGCUCACCAUGGUGCACAUGGCCUUCUGCUCCUCCCUCGCCGUCGCGCUCGUGCGCGUCCUCCGCGUCGUCGACCUCCCCACCUCGCCCGCCAUGACGCCACAGCUCUACACAUCCUCCGUCGUCCCCAUCGGCGCACUAUACGCCAUGUCGCUCUGGUUCUCCAACUCCGCCUACAUCUACCUCUCCGUGUCCUUCAUCCAGAUGCUCAAGGCGCUCAUGCCCGUCGCAGUCUACUCCAUCGGUGUGCUCUUCAAGAAGGAGACCUUCAGGUCUUCCUCCAUGCUAAACAUGCUCUCCAUCUCCUUUGGCGUCGCCAUCGCCGCCUACGGCGAGGCGCGAUUCGACGUCCGCGGCGUCGCGCUGCAGCUCGCCGCCGUCGCCUUCGAAGCCACGCGGCUCGUGCUUAUCCAGAUCCUUCUCACCUCCAAGGGCAUCUCGCUCAACCCCAUCACCUCGCUCUACUACGUCGCGCCAUGCUGCCUCUGCUUCCUUGUCGUGCCCUGGGUCUUCGUCGAGCUGCCCAGGCUUCGCGCCGUCGGCACGUUCCAGCCGGACUUAUUCGUGUUCGGGACCAACUCGAUCUGCGCUUUUGCGCUGAACCUCGCGGUGUUCCUGCUUGUCGGCAAGACCUCCGCGCUGACCAUGAACGUCGCCGGAGUGGUGAAGGACUGGCUGCUGAUUGCCUUCUCGUGGUCCGUGAUCCGGGACACGGUUACCCCGAUCAACCUGUUCGGCUACGGGAUCGCGUUCUUGGGGGUGGCCUACUACAACCAUGUCAAGCUGCAGGCGCUCAAGGCCAAGGAGGCGCAGAAGAAGGCGGCGCAGGCCGACGAGGAGGCUGGUUCUCUCUUGCAGGAGCGCGAUGGGCACGGUGAUCGCAAGAGCGACAACCAGGCUUAGAGUGCGAGAUCUGACCCUUGCUUGCCCAUAUUGGAUGUUGUACAGGGAUCUGGUGCAAGGUGCAAAGACUGUAGUUUGGUCUACGGUUGCUUUCAAGGAGGUGUAUGCCAGUUUCUUUCACUUCUUUAACUUUAGUUGGAUCUGAAGAGCAAAUCAGUAGUAUUUAUUGGCUUAGGAAAUAUGCACCUACUUCCUGGAGAUCUUUACCCCGUUAUUUAUUUAGCUGUUUUUGUUCCACAGAAAGGCAGCCUUGCUACCUCUCUCUUGCCCAUUCCCUUAAAUUUAUUUGUUCUAGUAGCAUAGGGACUAAAAAUGUACUGCUACCGAUUGAUAAUUGGGUGGCUAUUUUCUAUAUAUAAUGAGCUUACUGUAA